AAACCAACAAACCAAAGUGCAGUAAGACCAAUGUGCCUGAAGUUGCUUAAAGUUGGGAUAAUACGGGAGAGUGCUGAAAUUGUAAUUGUGCUCAAGAAAUUGAUGGUUAUAUUUUGCGUGGAAGAAAUUUUUUCAGUGAGCUAUCUUUGAAAAUUAUUUUCAGAACAUUGCUGUGAAGACUGGAGAGGAAAUGCACACGAUAUUUCAUUGGCAAAGGGGAAAAACAGUACAUCUCUGAAGAACAUUCACUUGCAUCAGUCAUCUUGGAUUGGGAAGUUACAUAAUGACUACAGCAACGAGUGAAGCUGUUGCAUCCAAAUGCAAGCAGGAUGCUGAGAAGGCAUCAAUAAAAGAAAUAAUGGAGAAAUUAGGGCAACCAGUGACAGAUCCAUUCAUGAACAAGGACGAGCAUAAGACGAUGGACAAAUUGGGCACUGUGCCUCUUAAUUCCCUCCUCCGCUUCAGUGUUGAUGCCGAAAGGCCACAGUCCAAACCAAAGAGCAGUUCACGUUUUGGAAGGCUCAGUUACCAUUCCUUUUUCUCCCGGCAUAACCCACAUCCUCACCGAGUAAAACACAUCAAUGGUCUGAAUGGAAAUCCUGUUUGUGCAGUCAAUGAUGAUUGGUACGUUAACACUCCACUCUCUCCUCAUCCGUUGAUAAAGAGUCAGUUUCCAAAGACAAUCCUAGGAAGGCUUGGAUUACCUAUCAGUAUCUAUCAAUGUAAUCCAUUUGAUGACAGAAAUAUCCCAAAGUUUGCUGUAGAACCAUUGUCUGAAGCUUGGCGCGAUGAACUGCGGGAGUUCACCUCCAGAGCCUGUCUCCUGGCGCCUAACCAGCCUGAAGAACAGAAGGAGACAGAAGGAAGGAGAACAACUCAAUAUUCUGCACAGACAGGUCGGAUAAUCCCAAACUCGACUCCUGCUGUGAACCGUCAGACUUCUCAACGAUCCACCAGGAAUGAUGUCCGGGAGAGAAGUAAACACAAUGCACUCUUCCAAGACCAAGAGUUACUGGUCUUGGAAAUGCUCUGCCAACUUCUACAGACUGACUCAUUCUCAGCGGUUCAGCAAUGGCUGCUCUGGGCAGGCCAAAGAGAGAAAGAUUUUGUACUGGGAAUGGUUCAGUCAGCUCUAGCAAGCAGUCACCCUGAAUGCCAACAAAAAGCUGAAUGUCGAGAAGGCCAAGAGAAACAGCAAACUGAUUACAAUCCUACAACCUCAAGCUUUAAAAGGUCCACUUUGAACAGGAGAAAACAUAUCAGGUAUUACCUCAAAAAGAAGCCAGAAGUAAUUGAAGAGGAGCAGCCAGAUCACAUUGGAAAUGCUGAAGUCCUUCAAGUUCAUCAAAGCAAGUCUUCUGCACCACUGAGUAAUGGAAAACAGGGAGUCUCAGAUCUGAACAGGAUCACAGAUUGUGAAUGAAACAGUUCAGGAUGAGUAAAAUAUAUAAGUUUAUCUGUCUGGUUGGAGUUUAAAUAGGAACAUGUUUUUAAAAAUUGAAAUGGGAUAUGAUACAGUUAGGUUAUACUGCUAACAAUUUAAAGUUCAAGUCCUCACCUUAAAUUUAGCAGCUGCCUCAACAUACUGUUAAACACUGUCCAUUUACAGCUGGUCAAAUGUAUUACAAAUCCAAUGUCUGACAGUGUGCAUUGAACUACAGUUAAUCAGAUUAAACUUUCACUCGUUCUAUCUCAGAGCUGUAAACAGAACUUUAACUUUUGGUUCAUACCAAUGCAUAGGAAACUCUGUUUAAUCAUUUAUGGAUUGUAUACAUUUACAGCAACCAUUAUUUUCCAAGUAAUAGUCUUAAUUGAUGAGAAAUAGAAAUUGAUAAAUGGAUUGGCAACUUGCAGUGAAGCUAAAUCUCGUGUGCUAAAGUUAAUCACAUUGCUGGACUUGUGUUUGCUAAACUCAGUUGUGUGAGACAGUCAAUGAUUUUUGUGAAAAUUUGACAAGGAUCUGUAGGAUCUUGCUGUGCACCACAUGACAAUUGUAUUUCCUUCUGAGACAUCCUAGCAAAAGCACUGCAAAAGCUGUGAUGUGCUAGCAGCUAACCUGAUGACAUGAGAGAAGCAACACUUGUACAUCUCUCUCAAUGAAUAUUGAUCUUUCUCUAUUUCAACUGCUGUAUAAGUUGUCCAUGCUUUUAUAGCUUGUAACUCCAAACGUUAAUGCAGUGAGAUCAUGGUCACAUUUGUGUUUAUGUGAUCAAUAUCUGUCACUACUGUUCUGAGUGGUAACUAUCAUUUGUGUAUCAUUUUAUGAUUACCUUGUGUGUAAUUUUAUUAAAUCCAAAC